AUGGCUAUCGUAGAUCCAGAAUAUAAAUUUAUUUGUAUAGACGUUGGUGGCUAUGGUCGAAAUUUGGAUGGAGGAAUUUUAGAAGACUCGGCAAUUGGUAAGCGCUUGGAAAUGGGGAAUUUAAACUUACCGACAAAUAAGCCUUUACCAGGUCAGGUUGAAGACUCGCCUAUGGUUCUAAUUGGCGAUGAAGCAUUUGCUUUAAAACCAUACCUAUUAAAGCCCUUCCCACGAAGACAAUCACGUAAUAACAUCCAACUUGACAAUUAUAAUUAUAGACUCUGCAGAGCAAGGCGUGUUGUUGAGAACGCAUUUAGAAUUUUAACAAAAAAAUGGAGAAUUUAUAAUAGACUAAUAGAAGUGAAAGAAGAAACAACAAUUAAAAUUAUUAUGGCUACUUGUAUUUUGCACAAUUUUAUACGAGUACAAAACUGCAACAUCGAUACUAUAGAGCCAGAUGAAAAUGAUUCUAUAAGUACCUUGGGUGAACUAAGCAUAAACGAUCGGAGAGGAACAAAUGAAUCGUUAAGAAUACGCGAUAAUUUCAUAGAUUUCUUCAACUCUUGA